UUACAAAGAUAUAUGUUGACGUAAAUGAAUGAUAUUACACAUAGAUAUUUAAAGAUGAACAUUUGAUUUAGUGAAUUAGUGUAAUAUUAUCGCUUAUUGAUAUAAUAUGCUUGCUUUAAAGGAUUAUGGCAGUAGUGAUGAUAACAGCGAAUCCGAAAAUGAGAAUGAAAAGAAAAAGAGUGAGGUUAAUUGUAUUUUCGAUUCUACGAACGUUUCUAUUGCUAACUCUCCUUUUACAGAAAAUUUGAUCCCAUCUCUAAAUAUGCAAGUUUGUUCUGCACCAGAAGUAAUACCAACGGGAACUGAAUUAUGUAUGAACCAUGUAGACUCGACUAUAAAAGAAAUAAUGCACAAUCCUAAAUAUGAAGAAUUAUUUGCUCCAGAUAUUGGUCCAGAAAAUCCAUUUAAAACACAACAACAACGUGCUGUAAAAAAUAUACUUUCUGGAUAUGUUGAGAAAGCUCAUAUAAGCGAGUUUCAAUUUGAAAAUCAAAGAAGAACAUUUGCUAGUUAUGGAUACGCAUUAGAUCCAACAGUAGAUGGAAGUGCAGAGGAGGGUAGAACAAUUAUUGGAGCAAAAGAUGUAGCAGAAGAAUCUGGUGGUAAAACUGUAUUUGAAAGUACAACAUUAAGGAUUUCUGAUAAAAGAAAACGUCACAAAAACGAUGAUCCUACGGAUAUUGAAGGAUUUUUGGGUCCUUGGGGUGGAUAUGUAGAUGAAAAACGAGUUAUUAAACCAACUGAAGAGGAAGCUGCAGAAUUAGAAGAAAUAUUAGCAAAAAGGAAUAGAAGAGGAAAACCAACAGAAGAAAAACCACUGGAAGAAAAAACAGUAUUACAUAUUAAAGAUAGUGUUGAUUAUCAAGGUAGAUCAUUUUUACAUGCACCUCAAGAUGUUGGAGUAAAUUUAAGAUCAGAGUCACCACCUGAUAGAUGUUUCUUACCAAAAGCACAAAUCCAUACUUGGGAAGGACAUACUAAGGGUAUUUCACAGAUAAGAUGGUUUCCACGUACUGCACAUUUGUUACUUUCUUGUAGUAUGGAUUGUAGAGUAAAGUUGUGGGAAGUUUAUAAAGACCGAAGAUGUAUUCGAACAUACUAUGGUCAUCGACAAGCUGUAAGAGACAUAAGUUUUGAUAAUGAUGGGAAAAGAUUUUUGUCUGCUGGAUAUGACCGUUAUGUAAAAUUAUGGGACACAGAAACAGGUGCUUGCAUAAGUCGAUUUACGAGCAGAAAAAUUCCAUAUUGCGUCAAAUUCAAUCCUGAUUCAGAUAAGCAACAUCUUUUUGUAGCAGGCACCAGUGACAAGAAAAUUAUUUGUUGGGAUAUUCGUUCUGGUGAAGUAACACAAGAAUAUGAUAGACAUUUGGGAGCUGUGAACACGAUAACAUUCGUAGAUGAAAAUCGGAGAUUUGUAACGACUUCGGAUGAUAAAAGUCUGAGAGUUUGGGAAUGGGAUAUACCAGUUGAUAUGAAAUACAUAGCUGAUCCUUCAAUGCAUUCUAUGCCUGCAGUUACACCGUCUCCCAAUCAGAAAUGGCUUGCAUGCCAAAGUAUGGACAAUAAAAUCGUCAUAUUUUCUGCAUUAAACAGAUUUAAAAUGAAUCGUAAGAAAACAUUUACAGGACAUAUGGUUGCUGGUUAUGCAUGUGGUUUGGAUUUUUCUCCUGACAUGAGCUAUCUUGUUUCGGGAGAUGCGGAUGGAAAAUGUUAUAUUUGGGAUUGGAAAACGACAAAAUUAUACAAAAAAUGGAAAGCACAUGAUGGUGUAUGUAUUGAUGUGUUGUGGCAUCCUCAUGAACCUUCGAGACUUGCUACAGCUGGUUGGGAUGGAAAAAUAAAAUAUUGGGAUUAAGAGCAUUAUACAGUACUAUUUUAAAAUAUGAUUAGUGUUUAUUCUUGUACUUGUAUUUAUAUUUUAUAUUAUAUGUACAA